AUGACAAAACCCAAAAAAUAUAACUACAAAGAUUACGGUCCAGAUGCUUUUGAUGUUCCAAUUGGGACUGGCACUGGUAACAAAGCAAGAUUUAAACUUCCUACUAUUGGCGGUCAGCAAAUCCUUGGCUGCCUAGAAGAAGGCUUGAAAUUAGGUUCUAGCAUCCCUCUUAUCGGUGGACUGUUUAAAAUUGGUUCUCAUGCCAUUGACCGACUAAAAGAUGCUCACAUUGAUGCUCAAUUUAGUGCUAUUUCUACCGAAUUAGGAGACUUAAGAGAUGGUAUUGAUGGAGUAAACGCUAAAGUCGAAGCCCAAGGCAAAGCCCUCCAAGGAGCCAUGGAUGGCAUGAAAACCGAACUCGAAGGAGCCAUGAAGCAACAAGGAAAAAAGUUCGAUAAAGACAUUCAGAACUUAGAUGCCAAAAUUGCCGAAGCCCAAGGAGAAACUAAACGAGAAUUCGAACAGCAAAGAGCAGCCAUGAAAGCUCAAAAACAAGAAUUAGAGAGUAAAAUUAACGAAGUCACUGAGCAAUUAACCCAAGCUCAAGACCAAUUACAAAAAGAGCUCACCGACUUCAAAAACGAAGUCAAUGAACAAAUUAAAGAAGUUAAGGACAAAAUCUCCCAAGCCAACACCAAAAUCUCUAAUCUCCAAGCCGAAAAGGAUGAACUCCAAGAAGACUUCCAAAAGGCUCAGCACCAAACCCAGCGUAAAAUGGAAGAUCUCCACCAAGACUUUGAGGACUAUCAAGCCGAAACUGACUCUAAAUUUAAAGUCCAAGAGGCUAAAUAUCAAACUGACUUAGAAGAAGCCAAAGAGGAAUUCGAAGUCAAAGCUCAAAAUAUAGAUGCUCAACUCAAAGAUAACCAAGAAAUUUUAACCGAACACGAAGAAGACUUAGCCUCGGUCAAAUACGAGCAAAAAAAACAAAACAUCCUCCACCAAGAAUUAGCCGAAGAACUCCAAGAAACUAAUGACUUGCUUCAUACUCAACAACGUAAAUUAAACUUGGUCUCCCAACAAAUGGAUGACAUUCAAGAAGAAGUACAUUUACGAAUGGAUAAACUUUCUAAGGAAGUCAACCAAAAAACCGAACAAACCCUUAACAUUGCCAAAGAUGCCACCAAAAAAGUUGACCGGUUAACCAAGGAAGUUAGUCAAAUGCGGGAUGAUCUAGAAAACUUUGAAGAACAAGUCCAAAAAAACAAAGAAGAAACCGAAAAAAUUAAACAACAAGUCAAACAAACUAAUCAGCGACUUGACAAUCUCCUUAAAACCCAAGCCCUGUUUGGCAUUAAACAAGGCACCGAAACCGAAAAAAAAGGUUCUGAGGAUACCAGGCUUUUUGGCGAACAUGAAAAAUCUCAAUUAUUAAGUGAAGAAGCCGAUAAAAAAAAUACUCAGCAAGACCAAGUCCAAAGCCAAGAACAAGAAGGGGAAGAUAUUCCGGUUUCGGAACAAGCCCAGCAAGUUUUAGAAGAAGUUAACCAAGUCCAGUCUCAAGUCUUACAGCAAUUACAAGCCAUCCAGGAAGAAUUAAAAACUAAUCUUUCGGAAGUUGAAUCAGCCCCACCCCUUUCCACUCCACCUCCUAAACCUUCCACCACUACUGCCAUUGAAGUUAUUAAGGCUGAAAGUAAAGUCAAAAUCAAGAAAAAGGCUCUCGAACGACAAAAAGCCGAAGAACAAAAAGCCAAAAAUAAGCAAAAACAUGCCGAACAUCAAGCCCAAGUAAAUCCUGCCCCUUCCAAUCAAAAGUCUGCUCAAUUAGCCCAAAAACAAGUCGAGGAAGAAAAAAAAGAAACUGAAAAAGCACAAAAGGAACUCACCCACGCCCAAGAAGAAUUAUCUAGUUUAAUGGUCAUAACUCUACCG